UAAAACCAUAUUUUUCACGAAUUUUUAUUGUCCCCAUUUUUUUUUUUUAUGACUCGUUCCCGUUACCACCGCUUGGGGCGCUUACUGAAACGUGAGAUAAGAAAUGUCGAAAACGUAAUUAAGUUAAAAAUGCGAAUUAAAAAAAAAAUACAUCAAAUUAAUUGUAAUUAAAAUUUAUUCGCGAAUUUAAUUUAUCUUCAUUGAAGUAAAUUAAAUUUACGCGCGUAUACAAUUAAAAACGGAGUUACUUUACGACCGCUACGUCAUCUGUUUAAGUUAACAAAUUUCGGCCGUUCCGAGCCGUUUUUGGCCCCUAAAUUUUCAUUAAAAAUUGAUUUAUGAGCAUUUCUAAAAAUUAAAAUAAAUAAAAUUCGUUAAAUUCUCCCCCCCCCCUUUCCGACUUAAAGCGCGCACUUUCGUGGAUGAUUUUGCGGAGUUAUUUAUGCAAUUAGACUGAAAAAAUAAAGAAUAAACAACGAAUAGAAUGUGGAAUAAUACAUUUCCCUUUGUUUAUAACCGAAGACGUUUAAGAAAAACAAGAAUUAUUCUCAUUACUAUGCGCAUAAUAUGCCGAACCGGUAUAUUUACAGCACUGUAAAUCUUAUCCUUGACUCCCUUUUUUUACUCUCUCUCUAUCUGACGUAUUCUCCGGCUCGAAAGAAAUAAAAUAAAGUAAAAUAUUGCUUAAACUGAACGAAUAAACUGUAAAAAAAAGUCUUAUCUCUUGGUAUCAAGCUGAGAAACACCUGCAUGAGUCGUGUAAUUAAUUAGCAAUAGCAAUAUUGUUACCAGUGAAAAGAGCUUGUAAAAAUAAAAUAUAUAUAUAUAUAUACACAUACACUUUGGCUGAAUGCCAGUUUACAGUUGUAACUGUAUUUAGAAGCUAAUCACACAUCUAAGAAUUAUCUGCAGUUUUGCCUUAUCUAACAGAAACAAGGUCAACACUUAUACAGGAUACAGGGAGACAGUAGUAAGUUUGAACAAAUGGAUCACAAUCUUCUGCCUUUGUAUAUUGUUGAUGCAUUCACUAAAAAAGCAUUUGCUGGAAAUCCUGCAGCUGUCUGCCUAAUUUCCAGGAAACAUGAGCUGCCAGAUGAAAUUUUGCAGAAAAUAGCGGCCGAAAUGAACUUAUCGGAAACUGCCUUCGUCAUAACUUCCGGCGACGAAGACGGCUUUGCUAAAGAAUCAAAGUUUCGUUUGCGCUGGUUUACUCCCAAAGUAGAAGUUUGGUUGUGCGGUCACGCUACAUUGGCUUCUGCAUCCACACUCUUCAACUGUUUAGGUAACACUUCUCCUACCUUAGAAUUCGAGACUCUAGCUGGAAGAGUCUAUGCUUCUAGAAGCCAUAACGGAUUAAUAACGUUGGACUUUCCUCGAAACGAUCCUCGUAAAUUGAGUGAAGAGGAAAUGCAGAUGUUACAGCCUUUGGUUAAUCUUAUAGUAGGACAAUUGGAGUAUGAGGAAGUGCUGGUUUCAUCGGUUGCAGGAAAAUUAAUGAUUCGUUUGCGUGAUAAUUUGUCAAGGAAGGAUUUAGAAUCUAUCAAGUUUUCCUCGCAAACCAUAUUGGAAAUAGAUAAUCCUCUUAGUAUCCGAGGGGCAAUAGUUACAUUAAAAGGAAAUUCAAACAACGGUUGCAUUAACGAUGACGGUAUACAGUAUGAUUUUAUCUCACGUUAUUUUGGUCCUUGGGUUGGUAUAUUAGAAGAUCCCGUAACAGGUUCGGCACACACCAUAUCGGCUCCUUACUGGUCUCGUAUACUGUCCAAAAACAAAUUAUUUGCUUUUCAGUCUUCUCCACGAGGAGGAGAGCUCCAAUUGACUGUAAAAGACCAAAGAGUAGAGAUAAGCGGAGAUUCUGUAGUCAUUGUGAAAGGACAAUUGGAUAUUUCAAGAAAAUAGAAAUGAUAUUAUUUCUAACUACAGAAUUAUUAUGUUUCCAUACAAGAAAAAACUGUAAAUUGUAUGACUCAAAAUUAUAAAAUCAACGUUUUAGAAGCCAAAUUAUAGACAAUUUAUUGCAUUAAUCAGUAUGUUACAUAAGAUAUGAUACUGCUGAACUCCUAAUCAUCAUUUACUUAAACUUUAGAUAAUUAUAAAUAAAAAAUGAUAUGCA